AUGCCAGGGCCUGAGACCUUCUUGGACCUUGCUCUUGUGGCUGUGGAGAGCCCGGAGGGGCCAGGACAGACGCGGACAUCUGUCUCUAAGUGGCAGACGCCGGGAUUGCGCCGCGCCCGCCGCGGGAGCUUCCCAGAGCCGCCGGUGCGGUGCGCGGUGCGCGGAGCCGCGGCCGGGGCGGGCAGGAUGGUGUGCGCUCGGGCGGCCCUGGGCCCGGGCACGCUCUGGGUCGCGGCGUGGGGACUCCUGCUGCUCACGGUCCCCGCGGGGGCGCAGCGGGGCCGGAAGAAGGUCGUGCAUGUGCUCGAGGGCGAGUCGGGCUCCGUGGUGGUGCAGACCGCGCCUGGGCAAGUGGUCAGCCACCGGGGUGGCACCAUCGUCCUGCCCUGCCGCUACCACUACGAGGCGGCCGCGCACGGCCACGACAGCGUCCGCCUCAAGUGGACCAAGGUGGUGGACCCGCUGGCCUUCGCUGACGUCUUCGUGGCAUUGGGUCCCCAGCAGCGGGCAUUCGGCAGCUACCGGGGACGGGCCGAGCUGCAGAACGAUGGGCCCGGGGACGCCUCCCUGGUCCUGCGCAAUGUCACCCUGCAGGACUAUGGGCGCUACGAGUGCGAGGUCACCAACGAGCUGGAAGAUGACGCGGGCAUGGUCAAGCUGGACCUAGAAGGCGUGGUCUUCCCCUACCACCCCCGUGGAGGCCGCUACAAGCUGAGCUUCGCGGAGGCGCAGCGCGCGUGCGCCGAGCAGGACGGGAUCCUGGCGUCUGCAGAGCAGCUGCACGCGGCCUGGCGCGACGGCCUGGACUGGUGCAACGCGGGCUGGCUGCGUGAUGGCUCCGUACAGUACCCGGUGAGCCAGCCCCGCGAGCCCUGCGGUGGCCUGGCCGGUGCCGGGAGCGCCGGGGCCGCGGGCGGCGCCAACGGGGGCGUGCGCAACUACGGAUACCGCCACAACGCAGACGAGCGCUACGACGCCUUCUGCUUCACCUCCAACCUGCCGGGCCGCGUGUUCUUCCUGAAGCCGCUGCGGCCCGUGCCCUUCGCGGGAGCGGCGCGCGCGUGCGCGGCGCGCGGCGCGGCGGUGGCCAAGGUGGGGCAGCUGUUCGCCGCGUGGAAGCUGCAGCUGCUGGACCGCUGCACGGCCGGCUGGCUGGCCGACGGGAGCGCGCGCUACCCCAUCGUGAACCCGCGCGCGCGCUGCGGGGGCCUCCGGCCCGGCGUGCGCAGCCUCGGCUUCCCCGACGCCUCCCGCCGCCUCUUCGGUGUCUACUGUUACCGCGCGCCCGGCGCGCCCGACCCCGCACCCGGCGGCUGGGGCUGGGGCUGGGCUGGCGGCGGCGGCUGGGCGGGGGGCGCGCGCGACCCUGCAGCCUGGACCCCGCUGCGCGUCUAG